AUGUGUUAAUGUUAAUGUUAAAUGUUAGAUACCUUUCAAAUGUAAUGUUCCCCUUUAGGACUGUUACAUCCUGGACCAGGCUGGACAGCGGAUCUUCGUGUGGAAGGGGAAGGGAGCCACACGGACGGAGAGGGCUGCAGCCAUGAGCAAUGCUCUGGGUUUCAUCAAGGCGAAAGGCUACCCUAACCACACCUGCAUCGAGACUGUGAACGAGAACGCAGAGAGCUCGCUCUUCAAGCAGAUGUUCCAGAGCUGGAAGGUCAAAGGUCAGACUGCGGGCUUGGGCAAGAGCCACUCCAUGGGGAGGAUAGGUGACUAUACGUCCAGUCCCGUCAUGGCUUCGACUGGUAGAGCGUGGGCCUGGCACACGCAAGGUCCGACCCUUCUCCACAUUACCGCACCUCCAGCACUAACCCGACUCCUGUAGUUACUGUAGCUGUCAGCAGGCUGUAUGUGGAUGUGGUAGUGUAGAGGCUGGUACAACAGGGCAUUCCCAGGGGAGACUGUCAAUCACAAUUAGAACUGCAACCA